GGACGGUGAGCAUGUGACCUUCGGAGUGGCGAGGACGGGAGCUCCUGGGCGGUGAGCAUGUGAGCUUCGGAGUGGCGAGCACAGGAGCUCCUGAGCGGCUAGCACGGGAGCUCAGACGCAGUGCCGUUGGCCACAAGGGCAAGAAUUUCGUGGCAUCAUGUUAGAGAUGUUAGUGCCAGCCACGGCUGACAAGAUUCCCACUGACACCUCGUUGAAUUAUGAUCAGUGCGCUGGCUAGGAGCUUAGACGCCCCAGUGACGCCCAGGACGGGCGUAUGUGGGUAGGGGCGCGGGCGUAGGGCACUCAGGAAGCCAAGAAUGUAGGGAGUGGAACACAAGGGUGGUCAUAUGCCCGGUGGGGAUGGUAGCGUGGUGGUGUUAUUCUAUAUGCGGAGACCAUUCCUCCCUCCCUCAUCUCUACGGUGGGAUCCAUCUGCCGGUUGCCAAGCAUCCUUUUCUCUGACCCGGGUGAAACACCGGCCAUGAGCGAAACACCGACAACUUUCAGUGUACGGCACGUGCAGGACUACAUUAUUGAAGCCCAGCCAUGAGGAAAUUUCGAUUCGUGGAGUUCGCGUCAGUGUGUUUAUCAAAAUUACCUCGAAGUGUGGAUGUUAAGAUGAACCAAUGAACGGGUGGCUGGGAGAGCACGUGACCGGGUGGUGCUGCCACCUGGGCUCAGGUGCGGCGGCAGGGGAGGCUAGGGCUCACCUGGUGCAGUGCUCAGGUGAACAGUGACCAAGAUGGAGAGACGCACAGUCCUCCACACUCGCCAUGAUUCAGGAAACUCCUAGUGUCAUGACCAUAGUCUAGACAGACGCAGUGUGUCUCACAGUGGCUGCGCGCGGAGAUGUAGCAGCGUAGGCAUCAUGUCACGAUCCAGGAAAGAUUUUGAAUAAUAAUGCCUAUAUCGUGCGGUAUGUAACUGGUGUCGUGUAUGUAUACAAAGGUGGAGUUGUAAGUCAACAGUGUUCUAAGUUGACAGCGGUGCGUGCCAUUAAGUGUGUCGGGGAGAGCAAACUUGGAGAGGUGAGGCGGGGGACGUAGAGUGCGAGGCGAGUGUCUUCCAAGAUGUCUGGACCAUCGACCAGGCGGUAGUCUUGGGCAUAUACUAGCUCACUGACAAAUAGCUACUGGAGCCUGGUGUGGCCAGCUCAGCAGCGGCCUGAGCGCACCACAGACCCAAGCCUCCCUCUCAAUCCAUGUGCGAGGAACCCUAUCCCGAGCUGCCCUAUGAUCCAAGGUGGCUGCCACACGUCCGGCAGGGGCAGCCCACCCUACACCGCCCGUUAGGAUGGCAACUCUAGGGCUCUCAAAAGUCUUCAUUCUCGAUAAGUACUUCACAGAGCUCCAAAAAUUCUGGGAAACGGAGAAGAAACUACAAGGUACGUUGAUGAGCUGCCUGCGACUGUACACACCAACUGCAGAUGCGUGCGGGACGAGCGAGGCGGCGCAGUUGGAGCAACGGCUGCGUUCCCUGGGCUGUGAGCUGGUAACACUUCGGUCCAGACUCCCACCCACACUCCACCACCCACGCCCUACCACGCCACCAACCCCAGCAACAACCACAACCACCACCAACAACAACAACAACAACGCCGCCACCACCUCAGCCAACUCCUUCCAUACCACCAACAACAAUAACAGCGCCGCCACCACCACUGCCUCUUCCUCCAACACGUCCGCCACCACUACGACGAUCACCACCACCACUACCACCACCACCACCACCACCGCCACCAACAACAACAAGAACGCCCAGAACCACAACAUUGGGCCGCUCCUGCCGCCCAAUUUCCCCGUCGGGAACGGGACAUCAGCUCCUCCCGACGCCCGACUUGCGCCCAACACCGCCUUGAGUGACGCUCUCAACACUUCUCAGUCAUUUCUCGCGGGUAAGUCAGUCGUUGUCUUAUUUAUAAGAAAACUCAGUCUAAGAAUAGAGUAAACUAUGCUUAUGCUU